AACGAACGACAAACGUGCUUCUGUUUUCUAACAAACGAAGGAGGUUUCACCGAAACUAUUUGAUGGUUUUUAUUUCUUAGAAGAUCAACAAUUAUAGUAUAUUUUGGAUUUAAGAGAUGAUUAUUCCAGUUAGAUGCUUUACAUGUGGUAAAGUGAUUGGCAACAAGUGGGAAUCAUAUCUCGGACUUCUUCAGGCAGAAUAUACUGAAGGUGAUGCCCUUGAUGCCCUUGGACUGAAAAGAUACUGUUGCAGGAGAAUGCUGCUUGGACAUGUUGAUCUUAUUGAGAAACUUCUUAAUUAUGCACCACUUGAAAAAUAAACUCUUUAAUGUAUAAAUACUAAUAAUGUGAUGUAAAUAAAUACUGUUUUUCACCAUAA